AUGGCUGUCAAGUGGAUUGGUGGACAUUCUUCUCCUAUUCUCUGCCUGAAUGCAAGUUCAGAAGGACUAGUGGCUUCUGGAGCAGAGGGUGGAGAUCUCAUGACUUGGGGUGAAGAUGGGACUCCAUUGGGACAUACACGCUUAGAAGGGGCCAACGACGUUACCUGUGUCUUAUUCUCUCCCGCUUGCCCCACCAAGCUCUAUGCCUCUCAUGGAGAAACUAUUAGCAUACUGGAUGUCAGAUCCCUCAAGGGUUCCCUGGACCAUUUUCAUGUGAAUGAAGAAGAAAUAAAUUGCCUUUCAUUGAAUGAAACUGAAAACCUGCUGGCUUCUGCUGAUGAUUCCGGAGCAAUCAAAAUCCUUGAUUUGGAAAAUAAGAAAGUUAGCAGAUCGCUAAAGAGACAUUCCAACAUCUGUUCUUCUGUGGCUUUUCGGCCUCAAAGGCCUCAGAGCCUGGUGUCAUGUGGACUGGAUAUGCAGGUGAUGCUGUGGAACCUUCAGAAAGCCCGGCCACUCUGGAUUACAAAUUUACAGGAGGAUGAAACAGAAGAAAUGGAGAGCCCGCAGUCACCGGGUCAGCUUUUAAACCCUGCUCUAGCCCAUUCUGUGUCUGUGGCAUCAUGUGGCAAUAUUUUUAGUUGUGGGGCAGAAGACGGAAAGAUUCGAAUCUUUAGGGUAAUGGGAGUCAAAUGUGAACAAGAAUUGGGAUUUAAGGGCCACACUUUGGGAGUAUCCCAGGUCUGCUUUCUGCCAGAAUCUUAUUUGCUGCUUACUGGAGGGAAUGAUGGGAAGGUAAUGAUAUGGGAUGUAAGCAGUGAAGUUGAGAAAAAACAGAAGAGUCCUACAAAACAUACCCACAGAAAAAGCACUAAAAGAGCAACUUAUACCAACCAGGAUGGAAACACUAAUACUUCAGUGACACAUAAGGAACAGGGCAAAAUUUUACCAAAGCUAAGUAUUGAACAUGGAGAAAAAGUGAACUGGCUCUUGAGUACAAAAAUAAAGGGUUGCCAAAAUAUAUUAGUAGCUGAUCAAACUAGUUGUAUAUCUGUGUAUCCCUUAAAUGAAUUUUAA